GAAGGUGUGCGGUUCGAUAAACAGAUCUGGAAAAACUGGAAAGAGGUUCUUGCUUCAACAGUGAUUGAACGGAACUUCUUCUUCCUCUCCUUCUGUUUAUUAAUCUGCAUUUAAUAUAAAGUUUAUUUUUGCACUUUCGUUUUGAUAAGAAAACGAUAAAACCAGCCGAAAUGGAGACUUCUCAGAUCCGUCAGAACUACCACCGCGACUGCGAGGCCGCCAUCAACAAGAUGGUCAACCUGGAGCUUUACGCCUGCUACACCUACACCUCCAUGGCCUACUACUUUACUCGGGAUGACGUCGCGCUCGAGGGUUUCGCGCAUUUCUUCAAAGAGAACAGUGACGAGGAGCGCGAGCACGCGGAGAAGUUCAUGUCCUUCCAGAACAAGAGAGGCGGCCGCAUUUUCCUGCAGGACAUCAAGAAACCGGAGCGUGAUGAGUGGGGCAGUGGCCUGGAGGCCAUGCAGUGCGCUCUGCAGCUGGAGAAGACGGUGAACCAGGCUCUGCUGGACCUGCACAAACUCGCCACUGAUAAAGGAGAUCCUCAUCUGUGUGACUUCCUGGAGUCUCACUACCUGAACGAGCAGGUGGAGACCAUAAAGAAGCUGGGUGACCACAUCACCAACCUCUCCAAGAUGGACGCCGCCAACAACCGCAUGGCCGAGUACCUGUUUGAUAAACACACCCUGGGAGGAAAGAGUUAAACUGCCUCCACACUAAUCGGCAGAACCUCCAUCAGUAAAGCUAUUGAGUUAAUGUGCAGUAAUGUGUGUGUAUGGAGUAGAAACUGAAGUUGGUUCAUGUCUGUCCUGUCUGUAAUCUCUCAUAAUCCUCAUGUGGAAGAUUAAACACUAAACAUUAAAUGAAUAAACAUUUAGAGCUGGA